AUGUUAAAUGGUGCUGAAAGAAAAUGGACAAUAACUACAUUAAGGAAUAGACUGAAGGAAUAUAUAGCUGCACGAGAAAAGUCAGACAAACGGCAGUUUGAUACAAAACCAAAGAUACCACAAAAUAAAUCGCUGUAUCGUGGUUCGGAGAGUGAUCGAAUACCAAAUAAAUCAAACUAUGGUUAUAAAGCAAUAAGUUCGGCUGAGGCUUUGGUUGCAAAUACAAAGAAACUAACGCCGCAGCAAUCAAAACCAAGUAAAGAUUACUCGGAAAUGUGUAGAUACUGCGCAAAACAUCACUGGAGUGACGAGUGUCUACAGUACCGGACACUCAGUGCGCGUAAACAAGUGCUUAAGGAGAGUUGUUUUAGAUGCUUAAAGGUUGGACAUAAAACAGCAGAGUGUAAGAAGAACAAAGUGUGUGUCUAUUGUGGGGAGAGAAACAGCCACCAUAGAAGUCCAAAGCGCUUCAAGAGUUCUGAAUCUGGUGUUCCUUUAACGGAAGGGUUGCCAAUGACACAAAAAGGUGAUAUUCCAGAGGAAAACGUUCUUGUCUCUUCAGGAGAAAUGGUACUAAUGCAAACGGCGAAAACGGAAGUUAAAGGUGCAAAAAGUGACAGACACAGAGUCGUGAGAAUGCUCUUAGACUCUGGUUCUCAGAGGUCAUAUGUUUCGGAGGCUUUAGCUCGAAAAUUAAACCUAAAACAAGAAGGAAAAGAGGAAAUCAAUGUUAUGACGUUUGGUAGUGAUAAAUCCAAAGUUGUGAAAACAAAGAUAUCUACAAUGGAACUUAAGUUAAAAACGGGUGAUUAUAUGACAAUAUCGGUGAAUAUUGUGCCUGUGAUCAGUGGAAAUAUUCAAAGGCAACCCAUGAAAGGGCUAUCCGAAAAUGCCAAUCAUUUGUUGAAAUCAGUGGAUUUGGCAGAUGACAUUGCCGAAGACAGUGAAUUGUGCCAAAUUGAUCUACUCAUCGGUAAUGAUUACUACUUGGACAUUGUGCUUAGUCAAAAACUUGAAGUUCAACCAGGAUUAUAUUUACUUAGUUCCAAAUUUGGUUGGAUACUUACCGGACGUACACAGGAAGGUGUCCAUGACAGAAAUGACGUCAACAUGUUAAUUAUGACGUAUGGUACAAAGUUUAAUGAAAUCACCGCAUUCGUUUCCACCGAUGAUUGUUUACCGAAAGUGCCAGAUUUAGAAGAUUUCUGGAAAAUCGAAUCCAUCGGAAUCAAUGAUUGUCCAACGCUUUCUAGUGACGAAAAAGCAAUGUCAGCAUUCAAAAAUACGCUUCAAUUCUCUGAUGGACGUUAUCAAGUUAAAUGGCCCUGGAAGGACGAAUCACAAGAUCUACCAGUAAAUCGCCAACUAGCUAUGGGACGACUGCGUUCGACAAUUGCUCGAAUGAAAGAUAAACCGGAGUUAAUGAUAAAGUACGACAGUGUGAUACAGGACCAACUGACCAAAGGUAUCAUCGAAAAGGUCAACGCAAGGACUGGUAAAAUGAUACAUUACUUACAACACCACGCAGUGAUUACUCCGUUGAAAACAACCACGAAAAUGAGAGUAGUCUACGAUGCGUCGGCAACAUCUAGAUCCUGUGACAAGAGUUUGAACGAGUCCCUUUAUAGGGGUCCUGUCUUGCUUCAUGACCUGUGCGGAAUGUUGUUACGGUUUCGUGUUCACAACAUUGCAGUUGUCGCCGACAUAGAAAAGGCGUUUCUCCAAAUAGGAUUGCAACCAAGUGAUCGUGAUGUGACGCGUUUUUUAUGGAUUAAAGAUUGUGACAAGCCUGAAGUUAACAAAGAUACGAUCGAAGAAUAUCGCUUCUGUCGUGUCCCUUUCGGAGUUAUAUCAAGUCCGUUCCUUCUAGGUGCAACCAUAGAAUCUCAUUUGGAUUCGUACGAGUGCGAAUUGUCUGAGAAAAUUAAGAGUGAUAUAUACGUAGACAAUCUAGUAACAGGAGCAAGAAACAUCACAGAAGCAAUUGAGCUUUACAGCGGUACAAAGCAAAUGUUCAAUGAAGCCUCAAUGAACAUAAGGGAAUGGAUAUCUAAUAGUGUUGAAGUGAACACUGUUAUUCGGGAAUCCGAUCGAGCUACUGAAGGUUUAAUGAAGGUUCUUGGACACAUCUGGGAUACAAGCAGUGACACUUUUGGAUUAAAGUCAUCUACAAUGCUUGAAAAAGGUGUACAGACCGAAACAAAACGUACUGUUUUAAAGUCAGUGGCGUCAGUGUUUGACCCCCUAGGACUUUAUUCACCAGUUGUGCUACAAGGUAAAUUGCUUAUGCAAAGUUUGUGGAAAAAGCAAGUUAAAUGGGACAGUGAGCUCGACGAUGAAGUCAAAUGUUUGUGGGAUGAUAUAAAGGCAAACUUGAAAAAGAUAUGUGAGUUCCAGAUUCCAAGAUGUGUGACAUUAAUUGCCAAAGAUAGUGUGAUUGAAACCAGCAUUGUGUGUUUUUGUGAUGCCUCUGCGAAGGCGUACUCUUGUGUGAUUUACCUACAGCAAGAAACCAAAGGUGAUUCAAAGGUAGAAUUAGUGUUUGCAAAAACAAGAUUGGCUCCAAUAAAGGAAUUAACAAUUCCAAAACUUGAUCUUAUGGCGGUUGUAGUUGGUGUAAGGUGUGUGCAAUUUGUGAAGGAACAACUUAGAAUGAAUAUUGACAAUGAGUGUCUAUAUACAGAUUCAAAGUGUGUUUUACAAUGGAUUAAGGCAAAGACGGAAAAGUCAGUAUUCGUCAGAAAUAGAGUGGCCGAAAUACAACACCAUGAAGAUAUUACGUUUCAGUACGUACCAACCAGUCAAAACCCAGCUGAUAUUGCAACCCGUGGGAUAAGUGUAGAAAAAUUGAGAGCAAAUAAUUUGUGGUGGCAUGGUCCACAAUGGUUAAAAGGCCCAUCGGUGCAUCGAAAUAAACAAAGAUCAAGUGAAGUAGUAAGUGAAACAAACAAAAACAAUGAACAAGAAAGUGACACAAAGAAUGAUCAAGAAAGUGAAACUGAGAACGAACAAAAGAGUGAAAUGGAGUUAGUGAGUUGUCCAAAGAAGAAAUUUGAUUGUGAAAAACCGUGCGUGUCACAUGUCAUAGAUAUAGAACGAUUUUCAUCCGCAACUAAACUGAUACGUGUGACAGCGUACGUUCUUCGUUUUGUCAAAAUACUUCGUAAGAAGACGAGGAAAUCAGAGCUCGACGGAUUAAAUAGUUAUGACUUGAACGAAGCAGAGUUAUUGUGGUUGAAAUAUACCCAAAGAAAACACUUUGGUGACGUCAUAAGUGACAUUGCAAACAAAAAACCAAGUAACAUACAACGUCAACUUGGUUUAUAUUUAGACGAGAUUGGCCUUCUUCGUUGCAAAGGACGAUUGGAGAAUUCAAAUAUCAGCUUCGGCUCGAGAUAUCCAGUGUUGAUACCUAAAAAGGACAGAUUCACGGAGCUUCUGAUUGAACGGUCACACAAAGAUCUGUUACACAGUGGUAUAUCACAAACAGUUAGUAAAGUUCGACAAAGAUUUUGGAUACCACAAGGACGAGCAAGUGUGAGAUAUGUUCUAAACAAGUGUAACGUUUGUCGACGAAUAGAGGGUGGUCACUACAAAAUGCCAGAAAUGCCACCCCUGCUGAAGUCACGUGUUAAUGAAAACCCACCAUUUUCUCAAACAGGGUUAGACUACUUCGGUCCUUUGUUCAUAAAAACACACAGUGGUUCGCAAAAAGUAUGGAUUUGUCUGUUCACAUGUCUAGUUACGCGAGCGGUACAUCUCGAAUUGGUGCAGAAUAUGACAACAGGGGAGUUUUUAUUGGCAUUUAGGCGGUUUAUUUCACAGAAAGGCGUACCGACAAACAUAAUAAGUGACAACGCGCUCCAGUUCAAAUCAGCAAACAAGACUUUAGAGAACGUGUUAAAAGGAGUGUUGAAAUCAGAGGAUGUGCAAAGCUAUAUGUCAAAUAAAGGCAUUCGUUGGUUGUUCAUAGUUGAACUUGCGCCAUGGAUGGGCGGUUUUUAUGAGCGACUUGGUGGAUUAGUAAAACGAACACUCCGAAAAACACUCGGACGCAAAUUGAUGACUAGCGUACAAUUGCAAACGUUAUUGAAGGAGAUAGGAGCAGUUAUAAACUCUCGUCCGUUAGUAUACGUUGGUGAAGACAUUAACUCAAGCAUCACGAUAACACCAUCUCACUUUAUUUCACCAAACAUGAAAUUUAGUGUUCCAAACAUAGAGUACAAUGAAGACAGUGACUACAGUCCCAAAAAUAAAAGUGCUAACAAACCUUUAAAUAUUUGGAAAAAGGGACAAAAACUGUUGUGCGCGUUUUGGAAACUUUGGCGGGAUGAUUAUUUAUUAAGUCUUAGGGAGCGAACUCAAUAUAAAUUAAAAAGCAAACGCAUUCAGUCUCAAAAGUCUCCAAACAUAAAUGAUGUUGUCCUGGUCAAGGAUGAUUUACCACGUGGUUGUUGGAGAUUUGGAAAAGUAAAAUCUUUAGUGAAAAGCUCGGAUGGAAAUAUACGAUCGGCAAAACUUCAGUUGCCAUCAGAAUUCGAAGACGCUGUAGCUUCGUUUGAUACGGGAUUAUUCGUUAGCAACCAAAGCACUGUAAAGGCUUCUGGAAGUGGUGUUGCUUCAAGCGCCGUGACUUCCGGUGUGGACAAAAGAGAGUCGUCGGAUAGUGAUUCAUCUUCCGGUACAAAAUCCGGAAGUCAUGGUUCAUCUGACGAAUCUUCUGUUGGUGAGGACACUGACAGUAAUGUUGCCAAUAAUGAUUCCAGCGCCGUCACUUCCGGUAUGGACACCAGUGAGUCGUCAGAAAGUGAGUCUUCUUCCGGUACGAACACCGAAAGUAAUGUUGUCGACAGUGUAUCUUCAAAUGAUGUGAAUAGUGUUCAUGAUGUCGAAAGUGUGUCCCAGGAUAUUUCAGGAUCAGCUAAUAAUGAUGAUGAAAGUGCUAAGACCGUGAAAGAGUGUUAUUCGCCAGAGGUAGUAUGGAUCAGUGAUGACGAAGAGUGUAGUGCACUAGUGCCUUUAAAUAAGUGUAAAAGAAAAGAAAAAGUCUGGAUUAUUGAAUUUAGACAGAUUGUUUCAACAAGGAAUGGAUUACAGGUCAUUGAGAAAAGUGAGGUCACUACCGACCAUUAUGUGCUCGAUGCUUAA